AUGGAAAUUGAACGAGAAAACGUCAAUAAUGUCACCCACGGACGAGAGAACGUUAACAGCGUAACAUACGAAUUCGAGUUUGAAGGACUUUCUCAACUCAAUAAAUCUCUUUAUAGUCCAGUUUUUUCUUCUGGCAGCUCUGGAAAUUCGAUACACGAACAACACUUUUGGCAACUUUGGAUACAACCUGCAGAAAACCUCAAAGAUAAUGAAGAAUAUUUAUCGCUUUAUUUAUGUGCAAUUCCUAAUGCAUUCGAGAUCAAAUCUGUUGAGCCUUGGCGGGAACGUCUUAAUACAACUGCUGUAGUUUAUCUUCAAGACCCAAAAACUAAAAUUAAAAUUGGGAGUACCAUUUAUUAUACUAAUAGAAAUCUAAAGAAAUUUUCUAUCAGAUGUUCUUAUAGAGGCCGUGAAUUUUUCGUGAAACGUUCCGCUAUACCACAAACGAAAUUAGUCUUGGGAAUCGAAUUUUUAAGUGUUCCAUUUACUGAAACAUAUGUCGCAUGGAAUGACAAUAAAUGUGCUCCACCAGAUUCAUUAAUUCAAUCAUGGAAAACUGCUAUAAAUAAUCCAAGAAUGGCCGAUGUAUUAUUCAAUGUUCAAGGAGAAGUUCUUUAUGCAAAUAAAGAUGUUAUAUGCGGGCGUAGUGAAUAUUUUAAAACCAUGUUUGCAAGUGGAUGCGUUGAAUCACGCAUGAUAUCCUUAGCAGAAUGUGGCCGAUUAAAGAAACGACAUCGUGAUUCUUCAGGAAAUUGCUGCAAAUCAAUGAAACAAGUUAUUGAUAAUAGAGAUUCAAAUAUUGGCAAUUCUUAUGAUAUAAAAAACGUUGAGGUCAAAGAAAAAAAAGAUACAAGAAUACCUAAAAAACAGUGUUCACAUUCAGAAAUAGGUUCUUCUAAUUUUAAUAACUCUUCAAUUAAUCAAGAAAUUAACUUAUUUCCUUCAGGCAUCCAAACAACAAUUAAUAAUGAUGGUAAUAGUGCAAGAACGAUCACAUUACAACAUAAAAAUGAUCAUGAAAUCCCAGAAAUAACUGCAAGGGUUAUAGAUAAAAACCAGGAGGUUAUUACUAAUAAACGAAUCAAUUCAUCGGAAAGAGGAACUUCUUCACGAAACAAUUCCAGAAUAGAUAGUCCGGAGGCUGAAGUUGAUGAUAAUGAAUUUUAUCAGGAAUUUCCUCCAGGUUAUUAUCAUGUUGUCAAUAUUACGGAUUGCGAUCCACAAACUUUUGGAGCAUUACUUCACUAUCUUUACACCAACGAGAUCGAAUUCUCAGAACCUGUUGGAACGGCGAAAAUAACGUCAUUCGUGCAUCUUUUUCGACUGGCUGAUAAAUAUCAAAUAACUGAUUUGCGACAGCGCGCGUUAGCUCGGAUAUACAAAGAAUUGGCGAUAUCCAAUGUGGCAGAAGUACUAUUUAGUUUAGGUCACCAAUGGAUGGACUUAAAAAGGGUGUGCAUGGAUUAUAUUUUAAAACACUUUGCAGCUAUCAGAGAUACAGAAGGAUUUAAUAGAGUAUUCGAUCAUCCCGAAAAUUAUUCCGGAUUUAGUGAGAUUACCAGAGAACUUUUCAAAAGAUUAAAAACCUCAGAAGAAAAAGAACUAUAA